UUACGCCUACUUUCCUGCUCCCGCCUGCUCGGCCACCUCCUGCUUCAGCCACACUUCCAGCACUCAACUCGUUUCACUGCUUCUUAUCGAGAUGUCACUGAUUGACAAAAGUGAUGAGGAGAUCAGCCAGUUACUUACUGAGUAUAACAUUAAUCAUGGACCCAUCGUGGACUCUACUCGGAAGCUUUAUGAGAAGAAGCUUGAAAAAGCCAUGGAGAACGCUCCAGUGAAGGCCUCCUCUGAUAAGACCUACUACAGAGAGGAAGAGGAGGAAAUCACCUAUAUCACCUACCACAGUGCGGUUAGACAUGAUGGUUAUGCAGACAUGGUGAAACGAAGAGGUAACGCUGAGACAGAUGAAGAUGAGGAAUUGGAUCAAGAUGCGGAGCCCACCAUCCAGACGACUAACAGAGCUGCCAAUCACACUGCAGUACAAUCCAAGGGGCCGGUGAGGAAGUCCGGCGGCAGCGCGUGGAAGAUGAUUCGCCUGAUGGUGUUGCUAGCUGUGUUAGCAGCCGUCCUCUACUACGCGUAUUGCUGCAUGAUAAACAAUGAAGAAAAUCCUUCUGGGGUUCAGUGAUAUUUUUUGUUCAGAUAUCAGGGUUUGUUUUAGAAGAUAUUUCUUCUCCAUUAAUGGUCAAAUGGAGAUUUCUGCGGGUUUAUUUUUUGUUGUUUUCUCAUUCUAAUACACAGAUUAACCACUGUGGAACCUAGAAUGCUGAAAAAAACACAUUCCAUGCACCUUUUAAAGCUAGUUAUAGUCUAUAUUUCUUAAUGUCACCAAAUCCCAUGAAAUGUUAAAAAAAUACCCCCUGCUGCCCCAAAUACCUAAUACAAAUGUGGUUUAAUCCACCUCAGAAAAUAGUGAACAACAAUUGUGUUGGCUAACAUUUGCCGAAAAUAGAGUCCAUCUUAAUUCACUGUCUUUUUUAGAAUUAAACAGUAUUUCUGAACCAUCCUGUCCAUCUUCACUAGGAAACAGUGUGCUUUGGAAUGAAACAGGCUCGUGGUCUGGUCAUGGUUUUGGUCUUUACAGGGGAUGAGCUGACAGUAAGAAAAAUAGAGAAUAAUGCUGUUCCUCUCCAAUUUCUUUGCUUGUUUGCAUUAAAUGUUGCACUAUGUUUUGUGUAUUUUCUUUCUUUUAUGUAGCUUUUCUAUAAUAUGUGUUUUUAUUUGUGAGAUAUACAUGAUGAUGUCAUGUCGCAACAGACUUGUGGGGUUCUGUUUUUUUUUUUUAAGCAUCAAUAAAAAUAAAUUCAA